GAAAUGUAAUUGCGAAAGCAGAGCUUACAAAUGUUCUAAAAUAAAUAACAUUUUCGAUCCAUAACAUAGAUAGAUCUAAUUAUAGAAUAGGCGUACUUAUACUGUCUUAUACCCUUUUGAUGUAUAUAAACACCAAUUUUCACAAAUGUUCUUAUUUUAAUUAUCAAAAGCACUGGAUGUAGAUACGAACAAUGUACCAGCAUAACUACGGUAGCGGCAGCUUCAGUUCUGGGAAUCCCAGCCCUUAUCCGUCACCCCACAACAACUACUACACACCUCCAUCCAUAGGAAAUGACACCCAGUUGCCAGAUGGCGCUGGUGCGCUGUCCAGAAUGAAUGAAGCUGCGGCCAUUUCACUCCUCCAGCACCUGGACAGAACUGAGCUCCAACAUUUGUUGGAUGAUGAAGCUAAGCUGAAAGAUCUGAUUGAUGAUUUACCACAGGUGAAGGCUCUUCAAACAGAGCACGAUGACCUGGUAGCAUCUACUAAAAGCUUGGCAGAAUACAACUUAACCUUUGAGCCUAAAAUUGAGAAUAAGAAACUUUGCAUAGCCUCGGGGUAUGAAAAGUUGAGCUCAAUCAAGUCGAGCUUUCAAGAAACAAAGGCAACCUUGAAUAGUCUAGUGGACAGGCAAUCUCUAGAGACAAAGUUGGCCUUGCUGCAGACUGAGACAGCCAAAGCAGAAGAAGAAUCUGAGGAACUGGCUGACAAAUUUUGUGCUGGAAGUAUUCAGACAGAGGAGUUUUUAAGCCAGUAUUUGCCACAGCGCACGUUGGCCCACCUGAGGCGAAUAAAAUCUGAACGGUUUGCUGAACUAAUUCGUGAUGCUUCCUCUGCCUCUACCCUCACUUCAACACAAGACUGGGGAUUGUCCUCUCAGCCUAGCAGUAAGCCACCCUACCCCAUCCCCAAAGGCCCAGCCCCAUACCCAACAGCCAGAGUACCCGCACCUGUGGCACCCUAUCCGACUUCCAGGAACCCAGCGCCAGUAGCACCGUAUCCAACGUCUGGUAUACCCAGUAGUUAUCCAUAUGGAAUGCCGCAGCCUGGGUUUUAUCCACGAUGAGGUGUUAGAUUUGCUCAUUGACUCUUAACCAACAAUUAUUCUGUUAAUAAUCAGCAGCUGUGCUGCGAAAAAGGAAAUCAGCAAAGCUAUGGUCUCAACAAUGCUGAUUCAAUCUUGCCUUAUAAAUUAUAAAUUUCUGUGUACAAAUUAAAUAAUUGACUUGAGAGCAGUGUUGGAGUUAAAAACAAUUAGUUUAAUCUACAACUUGGUUAUUAAACUCUUAUUUCAUGCUUAAAUAAUUCAUCAUGAUGUUAAAUUAAGCACCCUGUGUUAUGCAUUAAAUAUAUACUGGAAUGCUGUUUUUUCAUUAAAAUACUUUCAUAGUAAUAAUUAGUUCAUGAACAUGAACAGUGUAAUUUUUGAUGCCCUGUAUAGAAUAUAAACCAUGAUUGUUGUCUGUGCUGGUUUAAAUGAUACAUGCUCUGUGUCUAAUACUCUUGCUUCUCUCAUAAAACUUUCUGUUGUAAGGGUAAUUUGUGUUAUUAAAUAGACAGGUCAUGCCAGAUAGUUUGUGCCAAUGUCUGAAAUUGACUCAAAACAUACUUUUUAUUUAAUCCUAAAUAAACUGUCAAGAAAACAUUCUCAUACGGAUGUCAGAACAAAAGCUUACAGCAGAACCCUUGUUGUCAUAACGUAAAAUUUUAUUUAAGAGAACUGUUGUAUUUGUUAACUAUUUUUGUAAAGUUUUUUUUUUAAUUCAUUUGACAGUCAUAAAGGAAAAUAAAGAAAAGAUUUUUAAACAAUAAAAUUUAUUAGAAAAUUUCAACAAUUUUAAAUUCGUUAGUUCUUGAUAAAAAACUUUUUUUUUAGUUAACAGAUAAAAUUAAUUAUCAAUUUAAAUAGCGAGCCCUAAACAGUAACACCAAUUAACUGUAAUUGACAUAAUGACUUGCUUGUGUAUCCAGCUAGGAUGUGAGAACUGAAGUUAAUUGGUUUUAUGUGCAUUGUACUUAAUCUGUGCCAUGUGAAGUUAAUAACCUGACCAGCUUUCUUGUUUAGUAAUCAGCCCUAACACAACAUUAAGUAAACAACUUUAUUUGAUAGGGAAUGUGUUUGUAGGAAACUCCAGGCUGAUUUUACUAUGUAAUCUUAAAUAUUUUUUGGUACUUAAACCUAGCUCAAUGACAUAAUCAAAUUAGUUAUCUACCUAAAUAACAGGGGUUCUACUGUAUGUAUAAUCUAUUACUAUAACAUUUCUGCUUUUUAAUGUUUGUUAUUCAUUGCCCAGUAAUUGAAAUAAAUUAAGGCUGUGUUUUUAAUUUGUUGCUCAUUUUUAUUGCAAGACAGAACUUGCAUGGAUUAGGAAUUUAUCUUUAUUUCCCUUUUGAAAAACACAUUGUAGCUGUGAUUGUUACCAGCUGAAUAUUUUGCAUAUUUUUUUUAAUAAUGUUAGUGCAUGAGAGAUGUAUCACAAUCUUACAGUAAACAUGACUAAGCAGAUGCUGUAUAAUUUAUAUGGACUCUAGCAAUAAUAUAAACAAGAUCUUAUGCUACAGUUUGUACGCUGGAACUGGGGAACAAUGUUUUACUGUAGAAGCAACUGCUGUAAAUAUAUUUUUUAAAAACAAAAUCAAUGUAUACAUUUUUUCAAUAUUUGUUUUUAUUGUCGAGAACUUUAAUUAAGUCGAGACAUUGCUCAUUUUCAGUAUACAGUAAGAGAAAACUUGCAUAGACUAGUAAUUAAUAUUUUUGUUUGUGAAAGCUAAUUAGUGUUAAGAAUGAGGUGGUUAAAAGCGUUGUAUGAUAUUAUUAACUGAUCAAAAUAAAGGAAAGAAAUAUGACCUGUAAUUAACAAAGUGAUUGAAACCAGUCGAGUGGGGUUUUAGACAGUUGAGUAUUUGAGACAGGUGUUUAAGACAGUCUUGUUUAGCUGCAUGUCUGAGUAUUUAACCCUAAUCCAUUUAACCUAACAUACAUCUUUCCACCCUCAAUUUGAAUUAGCUUUACGUGAUAUGUUGAUGUAUAUUUUAUAACCUAACAUCCCUAGUUAAUUUUUAAAUUAGAUUUAAUCUUAGAGAUUUAUUUAUAGGAUGCGCUAACUCAAGCUAUGUAAUGUUUAUUGACACCAGUUACCAGAGACGUCUUUCAGUGGUGUAGUUUAGGAUCUUGGACACACAAAGUAUGCCAGGAAAGUUUAAUAUGUUUGAAAAGUUCUUCAGGUUCUGCGCUAAAUAUACGACUUAGUUAACAACUUAUUUAUAUCAUGAAAUUAAUUUAUUUGAAAUAGGCAGGCAGUU